AUGACUGGCCGCGCUAUGGACCCGCUGCCUCCCGCGGCAGUCGCGGCGGCAGCUGAGUCGGAGGUUGGCGAAGAGGAGGCGGGUCCCCCAGUUGCAGACGUGCCCACACCCCGGGGGACCGAGUUGACGGACCCCGAGCCCACUCGGAUGCAGAUGCCGCAGGGGAACCCGUUGCUGCUCUCAGACACCCUCCAGGAGCUGCUGGACCGUGACACAGUGCAGGUGGCGCUCAUCCCUGAGAAGAAAGGCCUCUUCCUGAAACACGUGGAGUAUGAGGUGUCUAGCCAGCGCUUCAAGUCCUCCGUUUAUAGGCGAUAUAAUGACUUUGUGGUCUUCCACGAGAUGCUGAUAUACAAGUUCCCGUACCGCAUGGUGCCGGCCCUUCCACCCAAGAGGAUGCUUGGAGCCGACAGGGAGUUCAUCGAGGCCAGGAGAAGGGCACUGAAGCGCUUUCUCAACCUGGUGGCGCGGCACCCUCGGUUCUCUGAGGACACAGUUCUGAAGCUCUUCCUCUCCUUCAGUGGCUCCGAUGUGCAGAACAAGCUCAAGGAGUCUGCUCAGUGUGUUGGGGAUGAGUUCCUGCAUUGCAGAGUGGCUGCACAUGCCAAGGACUUCCUCCCAGACGAUGUCCAGGCCCAGUUCACGGCAAGCCGGGAGCUGGUUCGAAACAUCUACAACAGCUUCUACAAGCUCCGGGACCGGGCAGAGCGGAUUGCUUCCCGGGCCAUCGACCAUGCUGCUGACCUUCUCAUCUUCGGGAAGGAGCUAAGGUAGGUAGCCCUUGCUCUGGGCUCCGACACAACACCGCUACCCCCCUGGGCCACCCUGAGCAAUAGCACGUGGGGGUCCCUGAAGCAGGCACUGAAAGGCCUAUCGGUGGAGUUUGCGCUGCUGGCUGACAAGGCAGCACAGCAGGGUAAGAAGGAGGAGAGCGACGUGGUGGAGAAGCUGAACUUCUUCCUGGAUCUGCUGCAGUCAUACAAGGACCUGUGUGAACGGCAUGAGAAGGGCGUCCUGCACAGACACCAGGGGGCGCUGCACAAGUACAGCCGGACGAAACGGCAGGCCUUGAGCGCAGCGCACAUCCGGGAGCCUGAGUCCGUGGAGCAACUGGAGUCCCGCAUUGUGGAGCAGGAGAAUGCCAUCCAGAUGCUAGAGCUACGCAGCCACUUCUCUCUGUACUGCCUGCACCAGGAGACACAGCUGGUGCACACCUACCUGCCUCUCACCUCCCACAUCCUUGGGGCCUUUGUGAACUCGCAGAUCCAGGGCCACAAAGAGAUGAGCAAGGUGUGGAAUGACUUGAAGCCCAAGCUGCACAGCCUCUUUGUUGGACCCAGCACCAACCUGACACGGCCCCGAUCACCCCUGGAGGACAGCCUGCUUCCUCGCUAG